AUGGGUGACCGGUGGUUGAUUUUGCCUAGUGGACGAUGCACUUCUGAUGUUCAUCAGUAUUUUCACUGGAUUCUUUCAACUUUAGUCGAAAGUGAAAACGGCACAAAUGCCGGAUCGACAUUUUUACUUUCGACCACAGCCGGAAUUACCUUCCAACUGUGUAAUAUUGCACAACAAUUCAGUAAUAACAUCUUAUUUGAUAUAAAAAGCUUUGUCAUAAAAUGCCUUCAUAUUAUACACUACCAAACACAGAACUCGGAAAACAUGGUUAAACGUUGUCCAAAUUGCAAUGCUAUUGAUUCAUUAGCAACAAUUGUUAGCAAAGCAUGUGAUGGAAAUUUUUUUACUUAUGCCAACGGUGAAGAAUCUAGUGGUUAUCUUCCAAGUGUUUCCGGUCUUUGUGACUCAGAUGGUCUCAGCAUUGAAAUAUGCAUCGCAUGUGGUCAACUCAAAGGACUUGAUCUAGUUGCUUUAAAAAAAUUUUUUAGUAAUAAUCGUGACGACGACGAAUAA